AUGGCCAAAGGAGACAGCGCAUCGGAGCGCAUGCAAGAGGACCAGCAGUUGAUGCAGAGGCUCGGGAUCUACCCCGUUUAUAAAGAUGAAGCUUUUCCAGUACAUCUUUCCCACACGUUUGAGCAAGUCAAAGAAUCUAGAAGAUUCGAGUACUUGACCUAUACGACGGAUGCUUCUUGGGAAUCUCCGCAUCAUUUGGUUUGGCGAAAAGAGACGAAAUGCCGUGCGAAAAGGAUUGCAGAUACCGCUGCAAAGCUCAAAGAGGAGACAGUGAACGAGAUGGAAUGGCGACUCCGCAUAGAGGAGCUGGUGUUGUUUCGGUUCAGGGUCGAGAGCGAGUGUUCUAACCCGUUCAGCCCGGAUUGUUCCUCCGAGACUCGUCCUAGAAGACGGUGGAGAUCGGACGUAGAGGCGAUAAUCAGAGGCCCCAGCCUAAUCGCCAAAAAUCUGGAGGAUAGACGAAGAAAUCGGGAACCAUGUAUAUGUGGUCCAGAGGCAAGAGAAAUGAGCUUGUCGAAGCUGCGUAAGAGGCGACCAGAUCGAAUCCUAGGGUUCCAGCACACUGAUCAAUUCGAUCACCGACUCGAUGAAAUUGCUUACAAGUUGCAAGACGAGGCCGGAAUCAAAACCAUCCGGGAAAUGGUUGAGACUACCGUUGCAAAGCACAAGAACAAACUCCUUCUGUUCCCGUUUUUAGUCAUCGAGGCUAAAGCGGAGGAUGGAGAAGGACCACACGCUUGUGACAUUCAGACGGCUUUCCCAAUCUGGAAGAUGCUCAAGAUACAAGAAGAGCUUCAGGAUAAGACCGGAAAGAGUCUAAAUUAUGGAGGUCCCUUGUUAUGGUACAUUUCGUACCAGGGAACAAACUGGGAAGUAUCUGGCUGCUAUACUGCGGAAAGAAACGGGAAACCGUCCUAUCAUAUUCGAAAUCUUUGGCAUGGUCACGUGAAUGAAGAUGACGGGGCUCUGCAAAUCCUCCUAAUAAUUGAUUUCAUCUUUGAUUGGGCUCGCGAUGUUUACAGGCCCGCGAUCAUCAGCCAGUUGAGAACUCUUUCGGGUCAUCAAGAGGAUACCUUGAGUGCACUGGCCGACAAUGACAUCUGCUCAUUAGCAGGAGACGAGCGGACGAAUCAAAUUGAGAAGUGGAGAGGCUCUAUUCAAUAUCCUGUUCAGACCAACACAGAGGACGACCGUAAUAUUGAAGCAUGGGGUUCGCUCGAUUCUAAACUCGGCCCCGGACUCGGGGUUUUCCGGCCUGCGUGGAUCAUUGAAUCAGUCUUCCAAUGCCUUUAUGUGACUAAACACAACGUCAAGGACUUGCUGAACUCUAUUCCAAAGGGACGUACGCCGAAUUCAUUGGCGACCAAAGCCGAAAGCUCUUUGUUCCAAAACCAUGUUCUUAUCUCGGAAGAUGUACUCAGCACUAUGGAAGAGAUUUGGACUCACAAAGCUAGACGGCAGGAAACCCACGGCAUUUCGGAAGAAGAGAAGCUUUUCGCCACAAUCAUAUACCAUACCGAGAUUUCCAGCACCUGGGAGCCGCGAAGAUGUAUAAGCUGUGCUGUAUUUGACAGAGAGGCUCUUGAUGAGCUUCGGUCUUUUACAAAACGGAAGGGCCGCAGAGCUGCUCUUCUUAAUGCAAAGGAAUUCAGCAGAGAGAAUGCGGUGAAUUUGCUGCAUGGCCUACAGCGCUUGAAUAUCGAAGCCAGUCUAGCAGCAGCGAUUGCUUGCAGGAGACAGCACCUUCGCGAAAUAGCGGUGACUCCUUCCUCGAAACAAUGUCCAACCUUUGAAUUCGUUGAUACACACUCCGUUGAUACAUGUCAACCAGUGGUCCUUGCUGAGUGUGAAUUGAUAUCCCCGAUAUAUGAGUGGAGGAAGAUUGCCAGCAGUCCUAAAGAGCCGGCAGACUCAUACCUUCGCUUCUCACGACACUCCAAUUCUCUAGAAGAUACACUCGCGGUUCCGACUGUCUCAUCUUAUUUCUUGGAUUCUGCGCCUUCAAAGAACGAGAAAUACAUUUUGGUCCAUCAGAACAGAGGAGAUAGGAGGUGGAUCAGCAACUGUCUUUGUUUGUACCAAAUCAAACCUACGGAAGGGCCACCGAGUAAGAAAGAGCUUGCGAAAGCUCUGUGGAGAGCAUGCAAAGACGAUAUUGUGCAUUCCCUGGGAGGCUACAAUAAUUGGAAGGCACUGCAGAAACUCAAACCAGCAACGCCUGGAGAGCCUCAAAAAGCAUGGAAUAUCGCAGGAAAAUGGCUGGAGGAACUACAACCACUUCUUCCAGAAACAGACAAUAUCGAGGCUUCAGGUCCAGCAAUUAGGCCCGUGGAUACGCUUGUGGGUGGGGACCGUCACAGCUCCAACCCAGCAAACCCCAAAACUUCCACUUCAUCAUUUCAGGCAUUGCCUGCAAUCUGCACCUCUAGCGAUGCUGUAAACCAAACAAACAUUGCAUUACCAGAUUCUGCAGUUUCGGAGAUACCUAGCUCAGGACUUGAGGAGGAUGACGAUGCAGAGUUGACGGCUACACUCCACAAGUCGGUUCUCACAUACUUCGCGGAGAAAGGUGCCGAGAAUCCGCACAAUGCUUCUGAAGAACCAAUGGUCCAGAAAAUACAAGGAAAUGAUUCAUUUGAUGUUGGUCAACUGGCACUUGCGAUUGCCGGGAAGACACAGCCAGAACACAAUCCGCACACAGAGCCUAAACACUUCCUGUCUGCUGCCAAUACCAACGCACAAGCGAAAGUUGACAAACAGGGUCAGGCAUCAAGCACAUUGCCGUCACCCUCCAGCUCUCCAUCUUGGAGGUCUGGCGCCCCCUCGCCAGUUGAUAGCGAAGUUACAACGCCACCAAUGAGCGUGGCUGUGCCCUAUACUUCCCCGUAUUUACUCAACGCAUCGACUGGCAGCUCCAAGCGACCGCUAGAACUCGAAGAAGACGAGAAUCCAGCUCCGGUACAUGAGAAGAAAGCGAGGUGUCAUUGACGUAAUCAGGUUCAAGUUGAUCGAGAGACUGUUUGGAGCAAGAGGGAGCAGAACGUCAAGUGUUAGAAAUCAAAGAGGGAGAGCAAGGAGUGUGAGUGUCUAUGUAAAACAAUAACUAUACUGUUAGGAGAAAUAGAGUAAACGUUCG